AUGACUUCUCCACAACCAGAAGAAACCCACCCCAAGGUACCCAAACCCGCCUCAGCACCCGAAUCCACACCCAUAACCACACCCCCCGCCGCCCCCGAAACCUACGAAGAAACCAACGUCCACGAAGUCUACGAACAAAUCGCCUCCCACUUCUCGUCCACCCGCUACAAAGCCUGGCCUAUUGUAAAAUCCUUUCUCCAAGGUCUCGCACCCGGAUCAAUAGGCCUCGACGUCGGAUGCGGCAACGGCAAAUAUCUCCUCGUAAACCCCGACGUCUUCAUCGUCGGUUCCGAUCGCUCUACAAAUCUCGCAAAAAUAGCUAGUUCCCACCAACCCCAUUCGGCAAUCGUAGCCGAUACUCUAGCAUUACCUCAUCCAGAAGGUACUUUUGACUUCGCGAUAAGUAUAGCAGUCAUUCAUCAUUUAUCUACUCCAGAUCGUCGUCGUGAAGCCGUGCAAUCCAUCCUCGCCACUCUUUCCCCUUCAGGAAAAGCACUGAUCUACGUCUGGGCCCUCGAACAAUCUUCUUCUCGCCGGGGCUGGGACGAAACGAAUCCUCAAGAUGUGAUGGUCCCUUGGGUAAUGCGUACCGGCAAAAAAGUCGCGCCAGAUGGAAGUAUCACGCAACCAGCUUCCGAAAAAACCUUUCAACGCUACUACCAUCUGUAUCGGGCCGGCGAACUAGAGGAGGACAUCAAGAGCGUAGGCGGCACGGUACUAGAAAGUGGGUAUGAAAAGGACAAUUGGUGGGCUAUCUGCUCUCGAGGAGACUCACUUUUACCCCGAGCAUCUGACCCCAUAGUAUGA